AUGGCCAUUCAACAAGAUUCACAAUCUACUGAUACUCCACCUCUUCCACCUCGUCGAAAUGAGUCAAACGUAUUUUCCGAUUGUGCCAAAACUCCACCAUUAUGGCUCAUUGCGUUGACGCGUCAUAACACCGGAGAAUAUCAUACCCACGAUUUUUUAUUAUCCCAAUUUGAUGAUGAAAAUGUGACUCGUUUAAUAUGCAAGGAUUGUCAUAAAAGAUUUAUGUUAAAUACUUCAUUUCCUAGUGCAUCAUCAUCUGAUGGUGGUGGGGGAGGGAGAGGAGGAAAUUUUGAUUUAUCAUAUUCAGAUAGAGGAAUGUGUACUGCCAAUAGUGAACAUAAAAUGCAUCACCUUCAUACCCCAUCAAUUGAUAAAUCAACUAUACAUUCUUAUUGUUGUCUUUGUUUACUUGAUAUAAAUGUUGAAAUUAUGGAACCUAUUAUAGAUAUUUCAAUUUUUGAGGAAAUGAAAAAAACAAGGAAACCAGUUCCUUUAUGGUCAGAUACACUUAAAUCGAAAACAAAUGGAACAACAUCUCAAGAAAAUACAAUAUAUUUUAGUGAAACAUUGGAAGUUUUGAAAAGUGUUGUGCAAAAUUUUUUAAAUGAUGAUUCACCACGAAAAAAUGUGAAAGUGACAGGUGAAAAAUUUAUUAGUAAGAUUGGAUUUGAUGAAGCGAGCAAGGCUUUUUUUACCAAGCUCGAUUAUACAUUAGAUAGUAAUGAUUCGGUCAUGUUGUUUCGACCGCCUCCACUAGAUGAAAAAAGUCAAUUUAAAUUUAAACAUGUAUUAGAAGAAUUGGAUUUACAAUAUAUCGAGUUGAGUGAUGCGUCAAGUCGAUGUCACGCAUUGGGAUGUAUACCGGAAAUGGAUGAUAGCAUUUUAACUGAGAUGUAUAAUAUUUUAAUUCGUGAACAUCCGGAAAAAAAUCCCGAAUAUUUACAAGCGGUAUGUGAAAUUUAUGAAGAAAGGAAGAGUGAAUUACUUGGAGAAUUAGUGGGCUUCGAAAGAUCCAAAGGUAAAUAUACUCUGAGUGAUGUCGAAGAAGCAUACAGAGAAAUGGACGCAAAACCGAGCGUAUCAGAUGAACAAUUGAUUGAGGCAUUUCAAACAUAUUAUAAUGAACAUCCUCAUACGAGUGGAAGAAUGAGGGAAGCUUUAUCAACUAUUGGAAAAGCUAGAAAUAGUUUAAGAAUCGAAAAUUAUUUAAAGGACAGAACAAAUGAAUUGAAAAUGUUUGAUUAUUUUAAUGACAUGCCAAUAGGAUUAGACAAUAUUGGAAACACGUGUUACCUUAAUUCUUUAUUACAGGCAGUAUUAGCUACAGAUUCUACUCCAACAAAUGGAUUUUAUAAUGAAUGGGAACUCACAACCAUAGUCGUCAAUCUUUUACGUAAUCUCUUUGUCGAAUUAAUGCACACAUCUCAAAGAUCAAUCUCUCCAGAUUUUGAUUUAGCUUAUCUGGCACUGUAA